AAAUUGCAAUUUGCUCAAAUGACAGUAGGCUCAUUUGUUAAAAAGUAGAUUUCCCGCUAAAUUUGCGAUCCAAAACACUUUUAUUAAUAAAAAUGGAUUGGGUAGCUAUUAUUAAAAAGGAAUACGAAUACGUGAAGAUUCAGAAGGAAAAGCAAAUCAACCGAAUUUGGCAUGAAAAUUUGUUAGCGACUUCAGCUGUUACCCAAACAGAAGAAGCAGGUAGCGCAAAAUGGAACCCAGAAAGCGACACAUGUAUGCAAAACGAUGCGUCACAUGGAAAAGGGCGAGAUAUUCCUAAUGUGUUUAUGUUACCGCCACAAACUCCUUUGCAAUCGAUGACAAUGUGGUUACCGAUAUCACGAAAUUUCGUGACAAGAGAUUUUGAAGAACCGCAUUUAAGUGAUAGAAGUGGACGUGAUACAAACUGCGAGUCCAUUGACGAUGAAAUGUUUGUAUGGCUUGUGCGGAGGAUGGUCCGUUAUCAAAGUAGCACGUCCGCAACAUCAUCAACAGAAGCAACUGAUGGGCAUCAGAGCGCAGACCCGAUAGUCGACGAAGAAGUCCCAGAUGCUGGGAUAUUUCAGAGCAUCAGCUCGUUUUUCGAUGGAAAUUACACGGCAGACAAGUACAUGAAGCUCACAAAAUGUAAAACUACAUCAUGUACACCGAACAUUGAUGAACCAAUGGGAGCACCUAUUCAACCGCAUCAAUCUCUGCGAUCAUAUCGUAAAUAUUUUUGUCGUCGAUGUUGUCUGUACAAUUGUCAGCUGCAUCCUCCGGCGGACAAUGCUGAUCAAACUUCAUUUGUACGCGAGAAAAUCGUCGACGAACUGAUGCCAUUUACGGAGCCGUGUAGUAAUACGUGUUACUUAACUAAGACGCUAGCGGGCGAUGCAACGUUAUUGGAAAAUACGAAGAAAGAAAACCCAACUGAAUUUGGCGAAAUUUUCAUCCCUGAGUCAGCAGAAGACUUUGAUCAGUCUUUCGAUGAGAUUUCACCUUCAAAUCUCUCUCCAAAUCUGAGUGAUAUAUCCUUCAAUACUUUCGAUCAAAUUUUCGGGGAGAUUGUUACCAACAGUUCCGAAAGUAUGGCUCAAUCGUCAAUCAUUCAAACAGUGGCAACUGAUGCGGAUGCAGCAACAGAUCCAGAGCCUGAAUGGAGUUCCUCGGAUCUAUCUUUGUUUCUAGUUUUAUUCAAUGUUUUUCCUUACAAUUGCUGUGCAAUUGCUAUGACGAUGCGUAAAUCAUGCGAAGAGGUUCACAGGAAAAUGGUAUUAAGGGACCCUCCGGUUCGAGCAGAUGCAAAGAAAAAAUCAAUCCGAAAGGAACGAUCCAAGUUUCAUGGCAAACUCCAGAGGCAUCUAACACAAACGUACUCACCAUGCAACCACAUGGAACCGUGCGAUCAGACUACGAAGUGUAUGUGCCAGAAUUGUGAGAAAUAUUGCAGUUGCGGCCUGGACUGCAAAAAACGAAUGCCCAACUGUUCAUGCAAAGGUUCGUGCACGACAUUGAAGUGUCUCUGCUAUUUCGACCAGCGUGAAUGCGAUGCCGAGUGUGAAUGCCACUCAUGUAAGAACAUGGAAAUUCAAACUGGGCGUGGGAAGAAAUUGCAAAUCAUUUCAUCGUCCAUCCAUGGCUGGGGUGUCAUGGUCGAUGAAACUUGCCAAAAAGACGACUUCAUAUCCGAAUACAAGGGUGAGAUUAUUUCAAUUGAGGAGUGCGAGCGUCGUGAAAAAUUCUACGAUAAGAGUCAUUGCACGUACAUGUUCAACUUGAAUGGCGAUAGUGUGAUAGACGCUAGGUUUUUCAGUAAUAAACUUCGGUUUUUGAAUUUCUCUGAGACGCCCAACUGCUACUGCAGAGUGAUGAUGGUGAAUGGGGAUCAUCGAAUCGGUGUCUAUGCAGCCAGGAAUAUUGCGGCCGGAGAAGAGCUAACAAUUGAUUACGUAACCUAUGAUCCGACACGCCGCUGAUCAAGUAAAAGUUUCUGUGCAUUUUUAUGAAGUUAAUUUUUAUUAGUGGUGUCAUGUGAAAUCGUUUUUUUUAGUUUAAUAAAAAGUCCUUUGGGGGAACGAAUAUGGAAAGUGGUUUUGAAUACAUUU